AGAACUCCUCGACAACGUCAGAUAACCUUUGGCACAGUUUUGUUCCUGCAGCGCUGAAGAGCAAGCAGCCAGAAGGGUCCAAGAUGAACAGAGCCUUUAAUAAAACAAGUCUGAAACAUUUGACUGGUGUCUUCCAAAGGUUUCAAAGCACCUUGGUGGUUGCAGAGCAUAACAAUGACAAGCUGACCCCUAUUACACUCAAUGCCAUCACUGCCGCCAGUAAGCUGGGUGGAGAGGUGUCUUGUCUGGUUGCUGGAACAAACUGCGCAAAGGUUGUUGAACAAAUCAGUAAAGUACAAGGUGUGAAGAAGGUUCUGGUUGCCCAACAUGAUUCUUACAAAGGAUCCCUGCCAGAGGAGUUGACUCCACUUAUCCUGGAAACACAAAAACAAUUUAAUUUCACCCAUAUCUGUGCUGGUGCAUCUGCCUUCGGAAAGAACCUGCUGCCCAGAGUGGCUGCCAAGCUGGAUGUUGCUCCAGUUUCAGAAGUUAUUGAGAUCAAGUCUCCAGACACUUUUGUCAGAACUAUUUAUGCUGGAAAUGCUCUUAGCACUGUGAAAUGUAAUGAGGCGAUCAAGGUCUUCACGGUCAGAGGGACAUCAUUUGAGGCAGCUCCAACAGAGGGAGGAAGUGCUACAUCGGAAGAUGUUGCUGCUUCUUCUCCCGCUGGAGUUUCUGAGUGGCUGGAACAGAGUCUGACAAAGAGCGACCGUCCAGAGCUGACCAGCGCUAAAGUUGUGGUGUCAGGAGGAAGGGGCCUGAAGAGUGGAGAUAACUUCAAGCUGCUUUAUGACCUUGCUGACAAGAUGAAUGCUGCAGUUGGUGCAUCCAGAGCUGCAGUGGAUGCUGGAUAUGUCCCUAAUGACAUGCAGGUUGGACAGACGGGCAAGAUUGUAGCACCGGAGUUGUACAUUGCUGUAGGUAUCUCUGGAGCUAUUCAGCACCUGGCUGGAAUGAAAGAUAGCAAGACUAUUGUCGCUAUCAACAAGGACCCAGAAGCUCCCAUUUUCUUGGUGGCUGACUAUGGCUUGGUUGCUGAUCUUUUCAAGGCUGUUCCUGAGAUGACUGAGGCACUGGGCAAGUGAGGAGAAACAACAUCCCACCAAACGUCCAUCGCACAGCUGGAAACCGCAGUAAGAAGAGUUCAGAGAGCGACUACAGGAACCCAUGGCCAAUGCCUUAACACAUUUCUGAAGCUGUGAGUGUUUGCUCGUAGAAAUCAUUUUCAUGAUCAGCAUGUUCUCUCUGACUAGAAACACAAGAACACUCUCAAUCUAGAAAGAAAUGCUGUUUUUUUUAAAAUACUGAACAAGCAUUAAAUUACAAUGAAACAAGGUUGUACUUACCUCGGGAGAUGUUUUAUGUCUCUAGUAGUGACUGGUUGUAACAUGUAUUUAAUUUUCUGGUACAGUAAAGGGCAUCUUUGGGAAUAAAUGUCUCUAGGUCUCUGACUUUAACGUAGCUGACUGUAAGUCUCCAUGUUAACCUGGGGGAUUUGUACUUGUUGAGAUGCUCUUGGAAAAUAAUGUAUUAAAUUGACAACUAAUAACGAGUCUUCUCAUUUUA